UUUUGACCAAGUGGUGAGAAGGAAGAACGUUUCUGCGCACUCAUCUGUUGCUUCAGUGUCUCCUUUUGAAUUUCAUGCCUUAAACUUUAAACUAUUCUCUCACUCUUACUUUGAAACUAUACUCGCUUACAACGUUUGAAAUUUAUGACGACCCCGAGCACGAAUGUUUGGAGACGAUGACAGCUGAUGUCUGAUUGGCCAGCGGAUGCUUAGCGCCACUUCAAAGCCACGGGGAAGAUACAACUACUACCAAAGCAGUCAGAGAGGAAAACAGACCGAUCACGCAAGCUACCGAGAGCACACACAGACACUGACAGCAGAAGAUAUCACUGCACGGAGUCCAUGGCUGCCACACUGCUUGGGGAGGAGCCACGGUUGGGCAGCACCCCGCUGGCCAUGCUGGCCGAAACCUGCAGCAGGAUUGGGGAGCCCAGCCCCUCGUGCUCCCCUACUGUUUCCGAGGGAGCCCCCGGACCCGUCAAAGGGUUCCAUCCGUGGAGAAGGAGCUCGCAAGUCACCAGCAACUUGGGUGCCUGCCUCACAUCGUUUGGGGUUUCUUCUGGGACCUCCAGGAGUAGCAGGACCGGACUGAAUGACGCCUCUAGCGCUUUCACUGUGACAGCUGCUACUUCUUCUUUAGGGAAUGAUUUUUCGAUGUACCAGCCCGCUGUGCCACCGGACAACUGCGUUCCCAAUUCCACACACGCACAGCGGCCCGUGCUUCUGACCAAAUUUCCCUCCUCGGUUGAAAGCAUAGCCGGGAUAUAUCCAAGGAUGCAUGCACAUCCCUAUGAUCCAUGGUUCAAACCCGUGGGGGAUACUGGUAACGGGCCUCCUGCCUGGUGGGAUAUGGGCAGCAGCUGGGUGGACGCACAGAACACAGUCGGGUUACCCUCUCCUUUGAGCAGCUACAGUGACUACAGCUCUAACUUCAGCCCUGGUGCCUCUCAGCACCUGCUCCCCGCGGCGCAACAUCUCUUCGACGGCUUCAGACCACCUGUUCCCGCAGCCUACACAGAGCCUCCGGUCACGGCGGCACCUCCUCUCACAGGUUCCCCAGUCGUUUCUUUGCCCCCAUCCUCCCGCUCCUCCUCACGGCGCUACUCUGGUAGAACCACUUGUGACUGUCCAAACUGCCAAGAGGCGGAGAGCCUCGGCCAAGGGCGCACGAGUCCCCGGCGGAGGGGCUUGCACAGCUGCCACAUCCCAGGUUGUGGUAAAGUUUACGGCAAAACUUCGCACCUGAAGGCCCACCUGCGCUGGCACACCGGGGAGAGGCCGUUUGUCUGCAACUGGCUUUUCUGCGGGAAACGCUUUACGCGCUCUGACGAGCUCCAGCGGCACCUGCGCACACACACCGGGGAGAAGCGAUUCGAGUGCCCCCUCUGCCACAAACGAUUCAUGCGCUCUGACCAUCUCAGCAAGCACGCAAGGACACACAGUCCGGAGGACGGCGGGGAGCCGGGGCUCACGAAGGGCACCAGCGACACGGACAAUAGCGGCAGCCCGAGCCCUGGACUGAGACUGCACAGCACCGAGGGACAGAGAGCGGUGCAAUAAUCCACAGAGCUGAACCCGACGAAUCCACACGUGGGUUGUUUGCUUUACAGCGUGCCGUGGACUCUGAACUGAAACAGCACUUUAUGGAUCACUCUGCUUAUACCUCAUCUGUUAUUUGUACCUUUCUAUGAAAAAUCUUUUACUCAUCUGUCGUUUAGUUUUUGUUUUCUUUUUUAAUUUCUCUAUU